AUGGCUACGGACGCAAUGACUCGCCCCAUCUCGUGCCUGUGCGGUGAUGCGGCGCAAGACGUUUUGCUUGACUCGGCUUCUGACCUGUCGACACUUAAUCUAUGCCACUGCAUCGACUGUCGGGCCAUUACGGGCAUGCUGUAUUCCUCUUACUAUUUCCUGCAGACUCCCGGCCCGAACUUGGAUCGUCUUCAAAAAUACCAGCAGUCGGAGUGUAUCAGCCGCUAUUUCUGUAGAACCUGUGGAGCUCAUGUGUUCGCCCAGCUAGAAGCCACUGGCAAAAAUUUGGUCGCAGCCGGGGUACUAUUGGAGAAACCCCCACCGGUUAGGGUCAUACAGCAUUGGAAAGCUGAAGAUACCCGUGAUGGCGGCUUGAGCUCUUUUCUGCCCGGAGACGCCAAAGAAACAACCUCAGCGUGCUGGUUAGACGCCGAGCAGAAUAUCUGUAACGGACGCGCCGAGGAAAACCGCAAGCUUGAGGAACAAGGUCAUGGCUUUCACCGGCUGCAGGCUCGAUGUCACUGUGGGGGCAUUGAAUUCUACAUUACACCGCCAGACUCGGACUCCGCCAAGCCAUGGUCCCCUUGGCCAGAUUUGAUUGUUCCCUACCAUUUGGCAUCCCCGGAGAAUAUCGAAGACGUCAAGUGGUGGCUGCGAGAUGGAAAUACCAAAUAUCUGGUUGGGACCUGCGCCUGUCGAUCAUGUCGUCUGGCCAGUGGGUUUUCCAUCCAGUCGUGGGCUUUCAUUCCCAGAUCAAACAUCAUCUUCGGCGACGGAAAGUCCCUAGUCUAUGGCUUGGGGACAAUGCAGCAAUAUGAAAGUCGCCCCGGCGUCUACCGGGAAUUCUGCAGUCGCUGUGGCGCAACUGUGUUCUGGCACUGUCAACAAAGGCCGGGCGUCGUAGAUGUGAGCACAGGUCUUCUCCGAGCCAGAAGCGGUGGCAGAGCUGAAGAAUGGUUAGAAUGGGCAACUGAGCGAGUGAGUUUCAAAGAAAUGGCCUUGGAUCAGGAGUUUAUUGAACGAUUGGAAGCUGGAUUGGAAAACUGGGGUGAAAGCAAGAAAAGACCUAAUACUUGA